UCGCUGGCAAUGGGACUGGAAUGAUAGUUGGGAUCUCUGGCGUCGCUGUCAUCAUCCUAGCAGUAGGGGCCUUGUUGUAAGGAGAAGGCUGAGCGGGUCCAGCAAGGGGAGCUACUACUCUAUCGAGAUGGGGGAAGGGGACCUCGAAUCCGGGCAGGGGGUGCUCAAUGAGGAGUUCAAAUCGUUUGCCAAGGUUUCGAACUCUGUGGCAGAGGUUGCUGGAAAACAAGGCAGCGAUGGCUGGGGGGAUGAAGACGGGUGGGAUGAGGAUUUUGACAACUUCGAUUCCAAGACUACUUAUCCCACUCUGACUGCUCUGGAUAAGAAUGGAAUCAAGGUGUUGUUCGACUUCGAGAAAUCGGAUCCAGACUCUUUCACCACGAUCAUCAUGGCAACCUUCAGGAACUCCCUCCCCCACGACAUGACUGAGUUCGCGUGCAAGGUCGCUGUCCCCAAACACUUGCAGAUUACCAUGGGUCCGCCGUCGAGCACAAUCUUGAGGGGCAACGGAGGGGCCAUCACGCAAACCAUGAACGUGACCAAUGGUCAAAGAGGGUCAAAGCCACUGAAGAUGCGCCUUGUGAUUCAGUAUGUACAAAAUGGAGAAAAGCUCCGAGAAAGCGCGGACGUUUCGAAUUUUCCAAGUGGUCUGUGAGGUGAAUUAGGAAGAGGACAUUCGAGCAUUUGACAUUCCCUGUCUUUCUAACGAAAUAUAAACGAGCUAAAGCAUUAAAGUGCUACGUCUUGUCU